AUGGCUACCGCCACAUACUCUCGUCAUCCCACUAGCUAUGCCACUCACCAGAAGACCCUGCCCAUUACAAUGCCAUCAGGGAAGGCCCCGGUCUACAGCUAUCCGCAGUCCCGGGUUCUGGAUUCUCCAGAACUGCCCGAGACGGGCACAUCUUACGGUGGCAGCCGACCCUCCGCUGGCUCCUAUUCCGUCAGAUCUAGCUAUGCGCCAAGUCAUCACAGCAGCGGAGACUGUGAUUCUUAUGCGCAUGCCGGCGUGGACGUUGUUGACAUGCUCAGCGACAAAAUGAAUGCCGCCUUCGACCCCAUCCGAAUGGAUCGCUCAUUGGCGAAACAAGCCCAGACAUCUGGCGAAUUGAAUGCUAAACAGCGCGAGCUUCAAGAACUGCAAGCGAUGGCCCAGAGGAGAUUGAAAUCUGCGCGGGUCAAUUUCGCAGAAGGCGUAGAGGCCAUCAAGGAAGCCCGACGAGACGUCGAAUACACGACUAAGAAAAUUUCGUGA